UUUCCUAUCUCUCUCCUCUCUCUCUAUCUCUCCAUAUACUCCAGUAUGUUCAGCUCACUACAUCCAGUCGCGGUUAACGGGCGCGUGCGGUUGCCAGGAGAGACGCGCGUACAGUAACCGUGUAGAGCUCUCUAACGGCUGAGAGGAGCUCGGGCUCUCCCCCGCGCCAUUUCUCUCCUGGUCUCGAGCCCUGGAAUGUCGAGCAGCGGCUCGGGCUCUUCCUCGCGGAAGGAAUUCGACGUGAAGCAGAUCCUGAGGAUCAGAUGGAGGUGGUUCGGUCACCCCGCGGUUCCUCCGCCGCACUCCCCGCCGCUGGGAGACUACUUCGCCGGGAGGAGAGCGGGCGGCAGCGGAGGAGACGGAGCUUCAGUUAGCGGUUGUAACAACUCGAAUUCAGCCAGCGGUGCGAACCCGGGUCACAGCGGGCUGGUGGCCAGCGGCAGCGCCGGGUCUAACCUGUGUAACGGCAGCAACAGAAAGUUUGCUGAUCCGUUGGGAGGGAGUCGGAGCGGUCCGGGUCCGGGAGGAGCGGCAGGAGGAGCGACGGGGAGCUCCUGUCCGCGCUCCUUCAGUCAGCCCGAGUGCAGGAGCCCCGCCGCUGCCGCGCUGUCCUGGGUCUCCCCGCCGCCGACUCACCGUCGCUUGCGUCCGGCGACGACGAGCAUGGAGCCUCCCGGAGCCGGAGGCGAGGCUGCGGUGCCCCAGCUGGUACCCGAACCAGCCGUGGUUGUUGAGGAGGAGGCGGUGGUCGCGGUGGCAACUGCAGCGUCCGGCACCGAGGAUAACAACAAUCACCCGGAAACCGACUCCAGCUCCUGCAGGACGUCUAACAGCAGCGCCACACUGUCCUCAUGCGUGUCGAUGGAGCCAUGUGCGUGUCCGGAGGAGUGUAUGUUCACCGCUCUGUCCCACGCCGACGUCUCUUUCCGCAAAAUGGAGGGCUACCUGAGAUCCCGACAGCUUUGUGAUGUCAUACUGGUGGCUGGAGAAAGGCGGAUACCUGCACACAGACUGGUCCUCUCAUCCGUGUCGGACUACUUUGCGGCCAUGUUCACCAGUGAUGUGAGGGAGGCCAAGCAGGACGAGGUGAAGAUGGAAGGAGUAGACCCUGAUGCAUUGUGGGCCCUGGUGCAGUAUGCAUACACAGGCCGUCUCGAGUUGAGGGAGGACACCAUUGAGUCUCUGCUGUCAGCCUCCUGCCUGCUGCAGUUGUCGUCAGUGGUUCAGGCGUGCUGUUCGUUCCUCAUGAAGCAGCUCCACCCCUCCAACUGUCUGGGUAUCCGCUCCUACGCCGACGCUCAGGGCUGCAAUGACCUGCAGAGGGCCGCUCACGCCUACACCAUGGAACACUUUUUAGAGGUGGUGGGAGGCCAGGAGUUUCUGUUGCUCCCAGUGGAUGAGAUGGAGAGGCUGAUCACGUCUGAUGACGUCAACGUGCCAGAUGAGGAAACCGUGGUAACCUCUUUGCUUACGUGGGUCCGUCAUGACGCUGACACACGACAGCGUCACCUACCCGUGCUGCUGGCUCACAUCCGACUGCCGCUGCUGCAGCCACAGUUCUUGGCAGACCUGGAGUCCAACCCUCUGCUCCGGGACAGUAUGGAGUGCCAGCGGCUUCUCAUGGAGGGGAUGAAGUAUCACCUCUUGCCCCAGCGCCAGCCGCUGCUUCAGAGUCCCCGCACCCGGCCCCGCAAGGCCACCGUUGGGGCCAUGUUCGCCGUAGGGGGCAUGGAUGCUACGAAAGGUGCUACCAGUAUCGAGCAGUACUGCCUGCGUCAGGACACGUGGCGGCAGGUCGCCACCAUGAGCGGACGGAGACUACAGUUUGGUGUAGCUGUCCUUGACGGCCGUCUCUACGUGGUUGGUGGCCGAGAUGGCCUCAAGACCCUCAACACUGUGGAGUGUUACAACCCGCACAGCAAGGCCUGGAGCGUCAUGCCUCCCAUGUCCACACACAGGCAUGGCUUAGGCGUAGCUGUCCUCGAGGGCCCCAUGUACGCAGUAGGAGGACAUGAUGGCUGGAGCUACCUCAGCACAGUGGAGAGGUGGGACCCCCAAGCUCGCCAGUGGAGCUUUGUUGCAAGUAUGGCUACACCCAGAAGCACAGUGGGAGUAGCUGUACUCAAUGGCAAGCUGUAUGCAGUAGGAGGUCGUGACGGCUCAUCCUGCCUGCGCUCAGUGGAGUGUUUCGACCCCCACACCAACAGGUGGAGUGGUUGUGCUCCUAUGGCUAAAAGGCGUGGAGGUGUGGGUGUGGCCACGUGGCAUGGCUUCCUGUACGCCAUCGGAGGUCACGAUGCUCCGGCUUCAUCUCUUUCAUCUCGGCUAAGUGACUGUGUGGAGAGGUAUGACCCCCAGACAGAUGUGUGGACUGCAGUUGCCCCCAUGAGCAUCAGCAGAGAUGCUGUUGGUGUUUGUCUCCUUGGCGACCGUCUCUUUGCAGUGGGCGGUUAUGACGGGCAGGUGUAUCUCAAUACUGUAGAGGCCUACGACCCUCAGACAAACGAGUGGACACAGGUAGCACCUCUGUGUCUGGGCAGGGCAGGAGCAUGUGUGGUGGCCGUCAGACUGUGAAAACACAAACGCCAACAUCCUACGGCGGACUGUGCAUGAUGUGGCUCAGAUCCUCUGUGUUACCGCUGACAUGGUCCCUGAAGUCACACCGAGAAACCCAUCUGCCUGCCAGCAUGUGACCAAUGCGGUGAAGUGAGAGACUGAUUACUGAACGCACUUUGGGUUUUACACUUUGGUGAAGUCAGAUUCAACUCACCUCAA